AUGGCCGACGAGAACACCAAGCCCGACACCAACCAACAAGCCGCCGUCGACGAGACCCCCAUCUCCCCGUCUCGCGGCGAACGCAAGAACUCCCUCGAGGCUCACCUCCAGCACCGACCCGACCGCGCCGAACUGGUCGAGAAGAACAUCCUCCCCGCAUCCAACGCCGCUCCCUCUUUGAUCGCCCACCAAAAGGAGCUCGAAAUGCACAUGCGCGCCGACACCCUCAACGACAAGUUGUCCCACCGCCCUGACCCCGAGAAGCUCGUCGCCGAGGGCGUGCUCAAGGAGGAUCCGCGCACCGCAGACGACAAGUACGCCGAGGCGAUCGAGGACGAGUACGCCAAGCGCGAGGGUGGUGCUUAA